GUAAAACCAGUCGUCACGCUCGAUAGAAACUUUGUGCGGUUAUUUUAUUCAAGCUACUGACCAAUACUUGCUCAUGGCCAGGGAUGCAUGCCACUGGGUUUCCCUGAUACCUCGAACAAGUAGCUGCCUAACAACCAAUGUCGCCACCAUUAAUAACGGUCGGCUAUAUAGAGGCGUCCGUCUUGCAAUUAGUGAGACGACACUAACAACAGGAGGGGAAUGCAUACUCUGCUCGAGGCACAUCGAGCUCCGAGUUUGAUAGUCAAUCACAUCGAUAUUGCAGUCACUCUUGCAAACCCGUAAUCCGACAAUCGUGUAUAUGCUGGCAACGCGAGGAAUAUAGAUGAAUCCCGCGAAAGAACCUCGCGGGAUGACACAGAGAGGAUAUCAUGUGAGGGGCAGUGCCGACGAACGAUAUGUUGCACAAUGCAUCCAUUGCCCCAGCUCUACGUGUGUGGCACGAUACUGAAGCAGUCACUGGAGAACUUGCUUAUUUUGCCAGCGCGAGUGCGGGGAUUGUUUUAUAAUCCUGUGCCGAAACCUGAGGAAAGCACGUUUUUCGCAGUUUGCCGCAUGCCUGGGCGCCACAGGCCUGCUAGCCAAGGUAAUCGCCAUUUUCAGUGCCACUCUUCAGAACACCUGUAUCGAAAACAUGCCUUCUCGAAUGAUAUCGCUUCCCUUUUGUAUAAAACUUGAAAGCUCUCGACCUCUCUUCAAUGCGUAUGAGAGAGUGAAGAGGCCACGUCUGCACAGGGGACCCCUAGCUGUCGGUCACAUUGGGCUUUAGUCCAGCUCAAGCUUGAGGAAAGACGGUAGUUUAAGGAGUUUAAUGCCUCCGGAGACUAUAUGCAAAACAGAGGAAAGGUGUUGUAGGUGGUAAGGAUAAAUGACGGUCAUGGGUCUACAGCAAACAUGUCUGCAACUGGGAACACGGCUAGCACCAUGCUAAAGGUCGUCGAUACGAGUGCAGGAACAGCGCAACCCAUUGGUAGACCGAGUCGCGUCUACCACUAACACAGCCUCAUUCAAACACUUCUAUCUAGGCGUUGCGGCGGGACAGAAAAUCUAGUCCCAGUUGAUGUGAACGCUGUCACGGUAGUGGUCUGUUCUCUUGAAUUGUGAGCUGAGUGGAAGAUGACCAAAGAGUUGUUUUCUUUCUUAAGCACAAUGUUUGUUCUGUGGCAUCGAUUAUGGUUUGGGAUGCUAGCCAUUCAGUUUCUGCGGUACUGCGACGCUGCGAAAGGUAAUCCAGCUGAAAACAGCUUGAGAACCGCGGUUCCAAGGCUUCGGCGGCUCGACGGGCCAUAUGGCUUCGGUUACGGACGAUAUGGAUUCCAAGGCAGCUACGGAGUGCCUCUUCCACAGCCUGGCUAUGUUGGCAAAGUUCCAGGGUUCUAUACCAGGCCUCCAGGAGUGACACUGCUGCCGACGAACACAGGUGUCAUGUUUCCGACAACUGUCCUUGGCGGGAUGGCUAGCCAGGCUGUUUACUCGGCCAAUUAUUCCGCAUCGAAUGGUCUUGCAGCAACCUUCGGGGGGACCUCGCCAAUCGUGCCUGUGAUGCCAGACCUGUUGGUGAUUGCCAACCGCUUAAAAGAAAAAAACAUCGGCAAUCGUCAGGCUGCCAUUCUGUUCCUCCAAGAAGAUUCCGAAUUCAAGGAGUGCAGCGCUUCCUCCCUCGCCUCGAUCGUUGAUAUAGAAAACCUCGCGGAGUACCUCAGAUUGUCCAAGGUGGAGAAAACAGAAGAUGCUGUUUGGAAAAAAAUCAGAAGCAUAUCGCAGCUAAAACCUUGUUCGGAUGACGAAGUGUAUGCUCUGUCACGUCAGCCUUCUAUCAAAAGUAUUUACGAUGCCGGUCCACAGCAAAGCGGCACACAGCGCCUAGAUAGUUUUAGCGAAACCGCUGACGACGAUCUCAAAACCCCCAUGGAUGCAGGAGCACAGGAGUGGUGCCACCUUCAGCCAAAUCAUCCUCUCUGCAGAAAAUAAUUUGCGAGCACCGGUGACGCUCAUAUAAACUGACUGGGGUUUCUUGCGUAUGAAUAACGUCACUGUGGGUGCCCGGUUUGGCAUCCUGUCUGCGACCGCUCACAUCCAUCGCUGUGUAUGUCGUGCGUCAGGCUAAAACAUGCCCCAGAUAUGACAGAACCAAUCGUGGCCAGUAAUGCCAUCAGCUGAACAUCGUCAGUCCGUGCGCGAAUGUCAUGUUGUACUCGCGUUUCUCCAACUCGCUGCCACUGCACGUGGACACCUGAACAGGUGCAGCCACCAGCCGGAAAGCAGGCUCUUUAGGACGCGUACA